AUGGCAGACGAAGUGUUUGAAGACCAAGACCAAUCGCUGAAUGCAGUAGCUCUACGUUUACAGAAGGUAUCGAUAAAGAAUAGAGAAAGAAGACCGUCAGACGAUCUGAUACCUGAUGUUAAUGUACUGCAAGACUUGGAGGAACAUGCCAAGACCAUCUCAUCCAAUCUUGACAUGACUUUGCGUGAUUUGAGGGGUGGGUUUUUACGAUAAUUGUACGGUAAUCAACAGUACAUUAGCGUUACUGCUUUUUUUUAUGUUACAGUCGAUCUUUUUUAUAAUGACACGUCUCUUAUAGGCCUUCUACGUGGAGUUAGUGACUUAUCAGUGGAGUCAAUUCAAGUUUUCAAUCAAGUGAUUUGUGGCACUUGUGAAUCUGUUGACUCUGUCAUUCGGUCUUUUUACACUGUAAGUCACUAUAGUUUUAUGUACUUUUGAUGAAAUUUUGAGCUUUUUAUUGUAAUAUGGUUUACAGAUGGUCGCCAAAACUGAAGAACUCAAUGGCACUAUGCUAACUGUACAAAAGUUGGCUCGACAAAUGUAAGCUUGUUUAUAUAUAUAUAUAUAUAUAUUACUUUUGCAUUUUUUCAAGCUAUUUUAACAAAAAAGGUAGUUCUUGUUAGAAUUAAUCUUGGUUUUGCUUUGACAAAAAACCAUUUGUCUAGCUACUAUAACAUAUUCGUUUUAGUAACGAAAUCAAACGACUGGUCGACCAGUUCGAAGCUCAAUUCGUGGACGUGCAAUCUGCCUAA